ACUAGUAUUUCGUUUAACUUUUAAUAUUUACGGUCAAAAGGACUUUAUAUGGAGGGCUGACGUGUACCUGAAGGAAUACUUAUGGACUUUUGAAACUUGAAGGACCAAUGGUGCAGAACUCAUAAAGUUGAAGGACUAUUUAUGGACUUUUGAAACUUGAAGGACCAAUCUUGCACAACUGAUAAAGUUGAAGGACCAAUGGUGGAUUUUAGCCUCAAACAAAGUAGUAAACUAGUAUUAAUCAAUCAUAUAGCAUUAGUACAUUACUAUAUCUCUUCAUUGCAUGGAAGGUUCAAAACCAGUGCUGCUUCCUCUGUCUGAUCGAACAGCACGGAGCUACUCUUUUCAAGACAGGAACAAGGAGAGCAUCACUCUCUUUCACACAGCCACUGAUGCUUCCUCUGAAGUUAGCCAGUCGGACAUUGCUGAAGCUUGGAUUAGCAGUGAUGAUGAUGAUGUUCGCGAAGGAGAUGACGAGUACGAGGCUAGCCCAUCAAGCUCGGGCUCGGGCUCAUUUGAUGGAAUAGAGGAAUCUGCACCAGUGGCUCGCCAAUGCGUUUUGACGCGAAGGAUGAGAUCUUUGUCAUCAAGCAGCUGAGGUUUCAUCAUGCAAUGCCUUAGAGAAUCACAGUGGUGUGCAUUUUUUAAAGGCUAUUUCUUUACUAGACUCAGUUUGUUGAUACUUUGUGUUAGAUUUAAUCGUAUUGUUUAAUUCCUGGUCAUAAGUUAUUAGUUUAGAUUUAAAUUUUAAAAGGGACAGGAGUAGUUAUUUCUAGAAGUUGUAUUAGUUAGUAAUAGAUGUGUUGAUUAGUACCAAAAGUUGUAUUGGUUGAUGUCUAUACGUAAUCCAGGAACAUAGAAUUCCUGAAUGUAGUUCACAAUAAAAAAUCAGAUCUAGAGUAUAUAAACAGAGUAUUUUAUAAAUAGAUCUGCAUUUG